AUGACUACAGUGACGGCACUGGCAGCCGGCACGGCACGUCGCGAUAGCGAUGUCCUCCCUCCUGGUCCUGUUCCCGCUCCAACCAGGCCCGGAUCGCGAAGCUCCCUCAUGUCAGCACCCUGGUUGCCAUCCAUUGCCGAAGACGAGAUCAGCGAGACAGAAGACGAGGACCAAGACCAGCAGCAACAACAACCACAAUAUGCCUGCCGUCCGAGACCGCCUCAGCACCGUCAAACAUGGACCAUGGGGCAGCCGCCGCCGCCUCCGCAGCAGUCCAUAAUAUGGCCUCGCACCCCGCUGCGUGUCCCGCAAAAGGCCAUCCGACGCGUCCCUGUGGGCGGUGGCGGCCGAGCCAGGGCCUCGACAGCAGCAGCAAGCUAUGGCGGCCAUAACAGCGCGGAAGCCAACAGCAGCCCUUCCUUCCCCGAGCGACCUCCCUCGGCCUCCACGGUAGCUGCGUCCCUGCCGCCCCCUUACUUUCCCAUCACCUUUUCGCCGCCCAAGUACCGCAACGAGAGCGUGAGCACCACAAGAGGCGGCAGCAGCGGCAGCGGCAGCGGCAGCGUGUCGGAUUCGGACAUGAGCGAGAUGAAGAAGCACCAACACCUCCACAACAACCGGCCGCUCCCGCUGUAUCUGCCGAAGAAGUACGGCCGGCGGCAGGGGAAGAGUGGGGGAAGCGGGAGAGAUGCUGCGUUGUGUGGAUGUCUGCCUGCGUGGAUGGGCGGUCGACGGUCGACGAGGUGGAUCCUGCUCGGUGGAUUGGGACUGUUUCUAAUCGGUAUGGCCGUCGCCCUGGCCGUAGGGUUGACUCUCGGUCUCGAGAGACGGCGAGGGGACAACGGCGACAGCAGUAAUGAUAACAACAUCGGCGCUACAAAUACCACCAAGGUCCAUGACGGCCCCUUCUUCCCAGUAGGGUCCUACACCAUCCGCACAACUCUCAACCAGACCUCGACGUCGUGCACCUCCAACCCGGCGACGUGGCGGUGUGACAACAUCGGCACCGACGAGACCACUGCCUUCCGCUGGAUCAUCUACGGUAGCGGAGACGACUCGUCGUCGUUGCCCUACACCGUCUCGUCUGACGACAACGCCUUCGCCCCGGCUUUUGCCAACCUCACGGCCGCCGUCAUCGACCCGUCCGGCCCGAAUGAGCGCCUCGUCUUCGAGUUCGGCAUGGACAGGACCGUGAGCGUGCCCACGGGAGACUUGCUGGCCGGCCUCGCGGCCGGUACCGCCAACUCGACGUGCAAGUUCUCGGGCUCCCGGUUCAGGGCCACACUGUGGACUGGGCGGUACGCUGGUAACGGCACCAGCACUGCUUCGGCGGGGAGGGAGGCCGCCGGCACAGACUUUGCGUCCUGGCCCGCCCGUGCGGAGGUCGUGCAGAGCAAGGACGCCGGGACAGGCGAGCCGGAGUGUACUGAUCCCCAGGGGGAUGCUAUCGUGGGUGUUCAGGCUGGUACUGGGCAGUGUUAUUGCGAUUAUACUACUUGA